AUGAUCGCGGGCAGUACGCGGUAUCUGCGGUUUAUCCUGUUUGCAGUAUUUGCCUGCCUCGUCCUUUAUCUGAUCACGCAGUCCAAAUACAAUGACGCCCAGGAAUUUGGCACGGGCGCUCCGUCGCAAGCCGGCAACACCGCUGCCUCCUCAUCGAACCUGAACAACCAGAAACGCCCGGCUGUCGGCGAGGCUUACAAUCCCGCUGAUUAUCCCAUGCCUCUGACUCCCAACGACCCCAACUGGGAUAGCAUCCUCUUCGACGGACGUGCCCCCGGCCCCCGCAUGAACGCCACCUUUGUCACCCUCGCCCGAAACAGCGAUGUCUGGGAUAUUGCUCAUUCCAUUCGUCAGGUCGAGGAUCGUUUCAACAGGCGCUACAACUAUGACUGGGUCUUCCUCAAUGACAAGCCAUUCGAUGCCACCUUUAAGAAGAUCACGACCUCGCUUGUCUCUGGUAAAACCUCGUAUGGCGUCAUCCCCAAGGAGCAGUGGUCGUUCCCCGAGUGGAUUGACCAGGACAAGGCCGCCAAAGUCCGCGCCGACAUGAAGGAACGCAAGAUCAUCUAUGGUGACUCCGUCAGCUACCGACACAUGUGCCGCUUCGAGUCUGGCUUCUUCUUCCGUCACCCGCUCAUGCUGAACUACGAAUACUACUGGCGUGUCGAGCCCGGUAUCCAGUUCUACUGCGAUGUCCACUACGAUCCUUUCCGCUUCAUGGCAGAGAACAAGAAGAAGUACGGCUUCGUCCUCAGCUUGUACGAGUAUAUCGAGACGAUUCCUACCCUCUGGGAGAGCACCAAGAAGUUCAUCAAGAAUUUCCCCGAGCACGUUGUUGAAGACAAUGCCAUGGAUUUCCUGAGCGAUGACGGUGGCGAGACCUACAACAAAUGCCACUUCUGGUCCAACUUUGAGAUUGGCAGCCUCAACUGGCUCCGCUCCCGUCAAUAUCUUGAUUUCUUUGACCUGCUUGACCAGGAUGGUGGCUUCUUCUAUGAACGCUGGGGAGAUGCCCCCGUCCACUCGAUUGCCGCGGGUCUCAUGCUGAAGAAGGACGAAAUCCACUUCUUCAACGACAUCUCGUACAAGCACACGCCCUUCACCCACUGCCCUACAGGCGAGAAGCUCCGCCUUGAUUUGAAGUGUAGCUGCAACCCCAAGGACAACUUUGACUGGAAGGGGUAUUCUUGCACCUCGCGCUACUUCGAUAUCAUGGGAUUAGAGAAGCCCGAAGGCUACGAGAAUCAACAAGAUUAA